CAGACCUACCCUGACUUUCACUAGGACUUACCUCUCACAUUCCAGAAAACAUGACCCUCGCGGCCUACAAAGAGAAGAUGAAGGAGCUCCCGCUGGUGUCCCUGUUCUGCCCCUGCUUCCUGGCAGACCCCCUGAAUAAGUCAUCCUAUAAAUAUGAAGGCUGGUGUGGGAGAGAGUGUAGGAGAAAAGAUGAAAGCCAGCGGAGAGACAGUACUGACUGGAGAGAAAGAAGAGAGCAGGCAGACACGGUGGACCUGAACUGGUGUGUCAUUUCCGACAUGGAAGUCAUCGAGCUGAACAAGUGCACCUCUGGCCAGUCCUUUGAAGUCAUCCUGAAGCCACCCUCCUUUGAUGGGGUGCCCGAGUUCAACGCCUCCCUCCCCAGGAGGCGAGACCCAUCACUGGAAGAAAUCCAGAAGAAACUGGAAGCGGCUGAGGAGCGAAGGAAGUACCAGGAAGCUGAGCUUCUGAAGCACCUGGCAGAGAAGCGAGAACAUGAGCGGGAGGUGAUCCAAAAAGCCAUUGAGGAAAACAACAACUUCAUCAAGAUGGCAAAGGAAAAACUGGCUCAGAAGAUGGAGUCCAAUAAGGAGAACCGGGAGGCCCACCUUGCCGCCAUGUUGGAACGGCUGCAAGAGAAGGACAAGCACGCGGAGGAGGUGCGGAAAAACAAGGAGCUGAAGGAGGAGGCCUCCCGGUAA